GAGAGGUCCGCUAACUGCGCGAGUCCUACGAGGCUGCGUCCCGGUGCAGAGCAGGCCGCGCCUGACCCCUAGGAACUACCCAUUGUUGCGCGAGGAGAAGCCGUUGCUGCCCAGAUCAGGAUCAUGACGGGCCCUCUCGGAGACCGUUGCCCGCGGCUCCGCCCUGCAGUCGCUUCCUGAAAGACUCCCGCGGUGCUGCGGGAAAGAGUGUUCGUGGCCACAGCCCAGCUGAAAGAUGGAAGUUUAACGCAUCACCAGCUGUUGACCGGUCACCUUGAUGACCUCACCGUUGGGUGCCUUCCCAGUUCAGUUCCCACAGCCUUCCAUCAGUGGCCUCUCACAGAUCACCCAGAGCCUAUUUAUCAGCAAUGGUGUGGCUGCCAACAACAAGCUCCUACUGUCCAGCAAUCAGAUCACCACGGUCAUCAACGUCUCAGUAGAGGUGGAAAACACCGUGUAUGAGAAUAUCCAGUAUGUGCAGGUUCCUGUGGUUGAUGCGCCCAUCGCACGUCUCUGUGACUUCUUCGACCCAAUCGCCGACCACAUCCAUUCCGUGGAGAUGAAGCAGGGACGCACACUGCUGCACUGUGCAGCUGGUGUGAGCCGCUCAGCUGCCCUGUGCCUCGCCUACCUCAUGAAGUACCAUGCCAUGACCCUUCUGGAUGCCCACACUUGGACCAAAUCGUGCCGGCCCAUCAUUCGACCCAACAGUGGCUUUUGGGAACAGCUUAUCCAUUAUGAGUUCCAGCUGUUUGGCAAGAACACAAUGCACAUGAUUAACUCUCCGAUGGGACUGAUCCCAGACAUCUAUGAGAAGGAGAUCCGUUUGAUGAUUCCACUAUAAGCCAAUCUAAGCAGCUCCUGUGUUAGGGUCAGCAGUUUGUCAGUUAACACUACCUCAAGGUCUAAACUUAACAUCCCCCUUGUGUUGCUACAGGAGCACACCACAUGGUGCUUUUUAUAAGAGCAAGAAAUAAGAGUUGCCAUAACUUUUAACUUCAUAAUCCACAGGUUUGGUAGUACAUGCCUAUAACCUCAGAAUGCUGAAGCAGGAAGAUUGCAAGGUGAGUUUGAGGCCAGCCUGGGCUACAUAGUGAGACCCUGUCUCAACACACACACACACACACACACACACACACACAC